UGUCAUUAUACCAGCCAACCCUUAUUGCCGUAAUCUGGAAGCCAUUUUUAAAGCCUAUUUUUCCUCUGUGUUCUUUUGGGGUUUCCCUCUGGUCUAAACAUGACUGCACUGUUUUUUUGUUUCUGUGUGGUCAUGUUGACUUUUGCUUCAUGUUUAGGACAAACACUUGAAUGCUUCCAGUGUGACCUUGGAUUCUGGGACAUGUGCCACACUACCACCAUGAACUGCAGUGAUGGGGAGCAGUGUUUUGUUGGCAUUGGUGUAGCAGCUGCUGUCCUGAAAAUCAAGAUGAUGGGAUGCCUUAUUAACGAUGACUGCAACAAGACUACCAUUGUGAGUUUUCCUGUGAAUAAGACCCUCUACAAAAUGACCAAAUACUGCUGUGAGGAAGACUACUGUAAUGGAGGGUCUAAAGUCUUAAUGACCACAUUUUCUUUGAUGGCUCCAGUUAUUGCUCAGAUAAUGUGUUCAACUCUAUAGUCUUUUUCUUUUUUUUUUUUUUUUUUUUUGUAUAAAGUUGUAUGUGACUUUGCUUAAGUGGAGAUUUAAGAGCAGUGAUGAUCACUCUGGGGAAAGUGCAUUUAAAUUUGACAAUGGGAAAAAAUUAUGUAGUUUAAAGCUAUUUUAGAAAAUUAUUUUUGUAGAUUUGUUUGUAAAAUAAAAUGGAUUGAUGUCCCUAAUUUGUUUGUAAAAUAAAAUG